GAUUUGAAGGACGAAAUAUCGUGGAGUCAACGAAGGCGGUAAAAUACGAUCAAACAUAUUCGAAUAAUGGAGAUUGAAAAAUGUGCAUCACAAAAAAUCAGCUUUAAGGUGUUUUCCAAUGAACAGAAAUCAAAGAUGCAGACAAAAUAUCCAUUUUUAUGCAAGUCUCAGAUUAAUAAAAAAAUUAAAGAUCUCUGGAAGAAACUGGACAAUGCUGAAAAAUCAUGCUACACAAAAACAAUACUCUCACCUCCAAAAAUCAAGAGAGUUAACAAACCACAGACAAAGAGAGCACAAGCAGGGGCAUUCUCUCAGAGACAGAGUGACUCUCCAUAUGGAAGAAGAUUUGAUAAAGAAAAAAGAAAAGACAAAUCUUUAUUGUCUAAUUUGCAACAAAAUCAGAUAAGAAAAGAGGAUGGAAGACAUAGCAGAAACCGGUUUACAGAAAAAAGAAAAUUAGGAGAAGGAAGUCCAAAAGAUGUUGUGGCAAAAUCUUGCAGAAAAACAGUGCCUUGGAAAGGAAGACCAAGUUUAGGAAAGGAAGAUCUAUGGAGUGAUUCAUCGUCCCCAGAGAAUGUUGGGGGAAAAGUGGCAAAACCAACAAAGAGGCAGAAAAAAGUUCAGGGCAUUCUAAAGCCAAGUGGUGAUGCUUCCCGACAAUUAAAGACAAAGAAUAGAGUAUCAUUUGGGUCUCCACAAAACAAAGUUCCAUCAAAAACAUCAUCCCCAGGAAACUUUGGUGAUCUAAACAAUACAGCUUCCUCAGAUGAAGAUGACAACAGAGCAAGACUUUUACACAGAACUGAUGAUGACAUGUAUGAUUUUGAAAGAAUAGAAAGGUAUGACUUAUGUGUAGAAGAGGAAGAUAUGUAUGUCACCAUGUUUCAGCAAAACCCAGACUUAAUAACAAACCAGCAUUUAUCUAAAACUGACAACCAACAACAAUCUGAAAAUGAAACAGACUUCAAGAUUCCAAAGAAUAUCAUUUCUAAAAGAAAAAGAAAAAAUGAAGAAAGAGAUGAAGAUAAGAGAGCUGACCAAGGAAAGAAUUUACUUUCUCCAUUGACUGAAGAAUCUUCUCAGAAUUCACCAUCAGACAUAACUACACCAAAUGUAAAACACACACUCACCAAUUCACUUAUAACUCCUCAAAUGAAUGAAUCAUUAAUGCAGCUAAAACUAGAAGAGGUAAAGAAAGCCCCUCAAAAGGCCAAAGCAUUUUCUCCUAAAGCUUCCAGUGGAACUGAGCCUGUCAGAAAAAGCACCAGAAGAAGCAUAAGUUCAGGAACAAACAAGAAGUCUGAUGUUGAAAAGGAAACUUCUGACUCUGAGAGCUUAUCUGUAACACCACUGACAGAAUCUUUGCAAUCAGAAAAUGAAUCCACUGCCAGUCAAUGCUCACAAGGAGACAUCGAAGAAACCGCAAAAGUACUGUGUACAAAGAAAAAAAAUCUAGGAAAUUCAAACAGCCUAAGAAAUCCAGAAAAAUCUACCUUAGAGAGAAAUAGUUUUGCUGACUAUAAGUGCAAAGCUACAAAUUUAGAGAAAAAAAUUAACCCACAGCAAAAAAGAAAGAGGAGAGGUCAGCAUAUGGUGGCUGAGAAACCACAAGACGCUUACUCUACAAGUUCAUCAUCAGAAUCAUCCUCAAGUCUGAAAGAAAACUUGGAGAAAAGACAUAAAAUGCCCAAGCUGUGUAAAAAAGAUCAGACAAAUAUAAAACCUCCACUGUCUGCCAAUAAACCUGAAAGACAAUCAAGAAAAGAACAAAGAAAAAUUGAAGAAAACAGUUCACCAAAGCCUUGUAAGAAGUCAAAGAAAGUUAAAAGUCCAGUUGGAAGAAUGGAUGCUGACAGAUUAAUUUCUGAAUCUCCAAACAAGAUUGACAGCAUCCAAAAUUCCCCCAUGGGAGAGUCCUGUUUAUAUUUUAAUGAUGAUCUUAGUAAUGACAGUGACAAUUCUUCAACAGUUAUGGAUGAUAGAAAACAGACAAAUCAAGUUAUAAUGUCAGCAAUACUUAGAAUGCAACAAGCGAUACAGUGUCAGGAUACCACUGAUACUGAUGCUAGUUCUCCAAGUCUCUCAGGGAUCAAUGAGCCUGUCUCCUUGACUUCUGAGGAGGAUAAAUUUGUGGUUACACAGAGUAGUGAGGAGGAGGGGGAGGUGGAGAAAGAGGAGGAGGAGAAAGAUGAUAAGGAGAAGGAAAAUGAGCUGAAAAUGUGUGAGGAAACAGUUCUACUUCUGAAUACUCAGAAUUCAAUUGAUGGCUCCCAGCUUCAGAGUAGUAAUUUGAGCAGUCCUAAUAAUAGCCAGGAAAUUGUAAAUAGUACACAUAUUCAGAAUCAAACUACAGCUCAGGAAAUCAGACAAAGUGAGAUAGAAGACAAAAAUGUACAGCAAAUACAAAAUGUUCAUCAUACAGAAAAGAAAUUGGACUCCACAGGAAUCGAUCUGGAGCAGGUUUGUGCUGGCGAUGAAAAGAAAGAUGUAUUUCAGAUGUUUUCCAAACCAAGUCCAACCACAGAAACAAAUAUGCAAACAAGAAGGCAAGUAAUUUUUGUGUGUUUAAAAAUUUCUCUAAGCAAGCCAACAACUGGGGAAUCACUUCCUCAUCUAAUAUUUUUUUACCUAUUAAACCAAGGAAUAUAUUAUUGACUUGAAUACCCUUUAAUAUUAAACUGUAAACUGCAAUUCAUAGAGUAUAAUUAGACAAAUUUUAUAUUCCAUUCAAUAUUAGACCAAAAUAAAAAUGUAAGCUCUGACACAUUUUUUUUAUAUUAUAGCCAUGAUCUAUUCCUUUCCUCAUUUACAGAGAGGAGUAAUUUAAAAACCCUUGGCUUGUGAAGAUGAAUUUUUUCAUUACAUGUCUAAUCUCUAUGAUUCCAGAUUCAUCUCAAGCGCCAAGCAAGAGAGCAGAAGCAACUUCACAGAUUUGUUCCAUGAGGAUGACAUUUUUUAGAUUCCCAUUUUACUCAAUCAUAUACUUUUAUUAUCAAUUAUUGUAUAAAAAUAAGGAUGAAUUGUUGUUCUUGAAAAUUGUUUAUCAAUAAAUUCCAAUUAAAGUAUCUUACAUUAAAGUAAGACGCAUGUACUAACAGUUUUUCAAGUGAUGUUUGAAUUUGAACAGGAUCAAAGUACAAAUGUACAUUUUAUAUAAAUACCAUAAAUUCACAUUUUAUCAAUUGUUGGUGCUACUUUGUAUUUAGUUCAUUACCCAUGUAUGGUACAUUUAUAGGUGGACUCCUCUACUCAAGUUGAGCAGAUUUACAUCACUUAAUACAUUGUAUGAAUUUUAAAGAACACACAAAUUAUUUGAAAUUGAAAUUUGGUACAUUUUGUAUUUGCAUAAUUUAUCAUACCACAUAUUUAUAAACUUACUUAACUUCUAACUUAUCCAUAGUAAAAUGCUACAACAUUCAGUUUUGUACAACAUUUUGAAAUAUAAUGAUUCAAAAUGCUUUCAACUUGCCCACAACUUUACACACUUUUUAAUAAUGGUGUUUAUUUUUUAUGACCAUUGCAAUCAAAACAUCCACGAUAAAGUGAUGAAUAAACUUUUUU